AUCUUAUCAAUAAUUUGCUACAAGUAAAAAUGAGAAAGCGCUACAGCGUGGAUAAGACCUUAAGUCACCCUUGGCUGCAGGACUAUCAGACCUGGUUAGAUUUACGAGAGCUGGAAUGCAAAAUUGGGGAGCGCUACAUCACCCACGAAAGUGAUGACUCUAGGUGGGAGCAGUAUGCAGGAGAACAGGGGCUUCAGUACCCGGCACACCUGAUCACUCCAAGCACCAGCCAUACUGAUGGUCCUGAGACUGAAGAAACAGAGAUGAAAGCCCUCAGUGAACGUGUCAGCAUCCUCUGAGUUCCAUCCCCUCUAUUCUGUCAAAACACUGUGGAAUUAAUAAAUACAUACGGUCAGGUUUAACAUUUGCCUUGCAGAACUGCCAUUAUUUUCUGUCAGAUGAGAACAAAGCUGUUAAACUGUUAGCACUGUUGAUGUGUCUGAGUCGCCAAGACAAAUCAACAGAAGCAUUUAUAUUUUGUGUGACCAACUGUGUUGUAUUGACAAAAGUUCCCUGAAACACUAAACUUGUUAUUGUGAAUGAUUCAUGUUAUAUUUAAUGCAUUAAACCUGUCUCCACUGUGCCUUUGCAAAUCAAUGUUGUUCUUACUGGAACCUCAGUUUGAUAAGAGACUGAACCUAUCCGUGAGACAGUUCUGUUCUAUGUGUCCCAUUCGUGUUGUUGUAAGCAAACUCUUGAAGAGUAGAAUAUUACCAGUGUUCUAUGAACAACUCAAAACUCACAUGGAAAAAAAAUGAAAGAUUGGGGAGAAAGGAAAUAAAGCCCUAAGAUACAAAUGCAUGGAAGAGUUUUAUUGUAUGAUUCAAGCCCUUUGCUUGCCUGGUGUGCCUCAAAAUAUAUUUAUCUCAAGUAAGUGCACCUAGGUAUGCAGAGCCUACUGCUCUUAAGCCUAAAUGCCUUAGAAAUGUAAACUGCUAUAUACAACAGAUAUGUUUCGUCCUUUCUUACAAUAUCCUGCUGUACUGUGGAAAACCAGCAGCUA